AUGAGAUAUAAGUGAGUAAAACAAAAUGAUCUCUCUCACUCUCUCUCCAUCAUCUGAUGAUAAUCCUUUUCAUCAUCUAAGAAAAAAUCUUUGUUAAUAAAUAAUCAACUAAAUCAAAUUUAAUAACAAUAAUCAUUGUUUUUGUGUCAAAUUUAUCUUGUGCCAGAGAAAAAUGUUACUUAUUUCAUCAUCAUUAAAUAAUAAACAUCAACAACAACACACAAUUAAAAUGAUGAUCAUCAUCAUUAUGUUAUCAGUUUUAACAGUUAAUUCAUCAAUAAUUGGUUCGAACAGAGUUUCAAAUGAUAAUCUUAAUGAAAACAACAAUAAUAAUUUCAAUUCACUUAUCGGGUCAUCGAUAAACAACAAUCAAACAUUCAUCGAUAAUCCAACAAAUACCAAUCAGAAUCAAUCGCUUAUCCUGGAGUUAAGAGAAAGGAAAAGGAAAGAGAGACUUUCAUUGAUAAAAUCAUCAAUAUUAUCACAACUCAAUCUACCAGUUGGACAUCAACAUCACCAUCAACAUAAUGUUAAUCAUCAACCUGAUGAUGAGAUGAAAGUUAAUCACAAUCAACCUUGUUAUUUAACGAAAACUGAACGAAAUAUUUUAUCAGAUAUUUUCAUCAUGAUCAGGAAAACCCCUGAGGGAACAAUUGAUAUUAAUGAAUUUUCAACUAACCAACAAAUUAUUGAUAAACUUCAAGGGUUAAACACUAAUUCUUUGGCUUGUGUCCGAACAGCAAUUUUCGCCUCCGUUGACCAUCAACGAAACUCAAACACUAAUUCAACUCUAACAACUCGUUCAAACUUUUUCCCAAUCAAUUCAUCAUCUUUCUCAUCAUCAGCUGUUAUUGGACAUCCUCUUUUUGACCAAUCAAAUUUAUCAAACAAAAGCCUAAGUGAUUAUCAGAAUGACAAUGCAACCCAACAAUUGAUUCUUGAACAAAGACAAAGGAGAAAACAGGAAAGGUUAAUCUUCAUCCAACAGCAAAUCUUAUCUCGACUCGGAUUAGCUCAACGUACCAACGAAACGCUUCCGCCUUGCAAAUUAACUGAUUCUGAACGAAGUUUAGUUGAUCAAGUAUUUAAUAGUAAAUCAUCAGAAUCAAAUUCAAAUCAAUUGACACAAUCAAAUAUUGUCUUCACCAAAUUACAAGGAUUCCAUCCUUCAUGUAGACUUAACGUAACCCCUGUUAAUCCAAAUCAGCACAAUAAUUCAGUUCCAUCCUGAUCAACAAUUAACUGAACUUUUUUUUUGUUUUUUUUUCGCACAAUUUU